CUUGUCCACCUCGAGGGUCGCGGCCGCCUAUAACUUAACAGGCCUCUCUGGCCCCAGCCUGCCCUCGGCACCGCUGCCAAGGGCCUAAUAUGGCCGCUGGUGCUGGGACUGUCCGCACGCAGCGGGUUGAGGUCCGGGGCUAGGGCUUGCUCCCGGCAUUCCUCGCGAGUGUGUGGCAUGGGCUCCCUUCCCCCAAGUACUGGUACCGCGAGAGGGAGACCCUCCGACCUUGAGGUAGCAUGGCCCAGGGCUUGAUAGAGGUGGAGCGAAAGUUUGUUCCGGGACCUGGCACAGAGGAACGGCUACAGGAGUUGGGAGGCUCUCUGGAGCACCAGAUCACCUUCAGAGACACCUACUAUGACACCCCUGAGCUGAACCUCAUGCGGUCUGACCACUGGCUGCGACAACGAGAGGGUAGUGGAUGGGAGUUAAAAUGUCCUGGAGCAGUGGGUGUCCCAGAAACCCACACUAAGUACUUGGAACUCACAUCUGAUUCUGCGAUUGUGACCCGCCUGUGUCAGGUGCUAGAAGCUGAGGGGCUGGGGACAGGAGGUGUAGCUGCUGUGCUGGGUCCACUGGGGCUGCAGGAAGUAGCUAGUUUUGUAACUAAGCGGAGUUCCUGGAAGCUGAUGUUCUCUGGCGCUAAUGAAGAGGAGCCGCUGCUCAGGGUGGACCUGGAUACAGCUGAUUUUGGCUAUGCAGUGGGUGAGGUAGAGGCCCUGGUACAUGAGGAAGCUGAAGUACCAUCUGCCCUAGAGAAGAUCCAGAGCCUCAGCAAAAUGCUUGGUGUGCCAGCACAGGAGAGAGCACCUGCCAAGCUCAUCGUGUACCUACAGCGCUUCCGGCCUGAGGACUAUCAGCGCCUGCUGCAAGUACAUAGCUCCAAAGAAGCCACAGGGGACUAAACAUCCUGACGGCAACUUGGGUUAGGGGUGUCCCUUUCCAGAAGGGCAAGAGAACUCAACGUUCAGCGGAUCCCACACCUGGAUUCAUGGUGCCUC